AUGAUUAUAUACGUAUUAAUUCCAUAUGGUGUCCCCCAAGGUAUCAUUCUUGGACCUGAUGGUUUCAUCCGUCCAGGACAUUUCCACAGGUGGUUUACAGAAGUUUCUGGCAUUGAUUUUGAAAACUUAAACGAGGAAGAAGAUGAAACGACAACAACGACUGUACCCCUCACUACUUUGCCUCCUACCACUUUAUCACCUACCUCUUUGCCACCUACACCUUCCACCACCUUGUCACUUACCACACCGGAAGGUAGCAAUGAAGAAGAGGAAGAUGAUACUUCCGAAGAAAAUGAAGAACUAUCGCAGCUUCUAAAACGCCUCCAAGUUAAAGUUAAGGUCAAAGUGAAGCUUAAUCAGUUUAGAAAAAAAGUCAUCAAGAAAAUACAGUGCUCAGUCUGCGAUGUUCAGCUGUCAAUGUGGUACUUCGAGAAGGGCGGGCUGCUGUUCUGUCAGAGCGACUAUUGGAGUCGGUUCGGCGAGAGUUGCCAGCAAUGUGCACAGGUGAUAACGGGGCCGGUGAUGUCAGCCGGCGAUCACCGUUUCCACCCCGAGUGCUUCGCUUGCGUCGCAUGCGCAGCGCACAUUGAAGAUGGCGAACAGUACGCGCUGGUUGAGAGAUCUAACUUAUAUUGUGGCAGCUGUUACAGUAAGGUACGUUCAGGGACCCACUCCAUCCGAGUGGUGGAAGUACCGCCAGCUACCGUCACGGUGGCGCACACCGCGCCUGCAACUCUCACAGUCACCAAGAUUGAUUCAUCUUGUGGCCUGCUGACGCUCCACAUAGGAGACAAGAUCCUGGAGAUAAAUGGAACACCCGUGAGAAACCGACCGCUGGAUGAGAUCGAGAAAGCUUUGGCCAAGCGGGAUGCUGUUAUACAGAUAUUCAGCAACAAAGAAGACGUGAAGAAACAUUCCGAGAUAGAGUUGAAGGGAAGAGAAAUUGAGGGGCGGAAAGAGAGACUGUUCAAGAGGAAAGGUGAAGAUGGGGGAAAGUGGGUCAAUAAGAGACGACAAACCCCAUCUUCCCCAUUAUUAGGAGAUAAGGAGAAGAGUAGCAGUAUGUCUAAACUGCUCGAUGCUGUGGACGGGGAGGAGGAGCCGAGUGGUGUCCUGCGAGACCUCAGCAGGGCGCGGUCGUUCAGGGUCGAACCGGCACCCGGACAGACUGUGUUCAGAGCCAGCGACUUGUUGCAGGGUGAGCUCCUGGGGUCUGGUUUCUUCGGCGAGGUGUACAAAGUUACCCACCGGGACACCAACGAGGUGAUGGUGCUCAAGCAACUGUACAGGGUAGACGAGGAUGCGCAGAGGAACUUCCUCAAAGAGGUGGCAGUGCUCCGAUCCCUGAAGCACCCGAACGUGUUGAAGUUCGUGGGGGUGUUGUAUAAAGACAAGAGGCUGCAUCUCGUCACAGAGUACGUCGCCGGAGGGACUUUACAUCAAUUAAUUCAGGACACGUCCCUGGCGCUGAGCUGGCGGGACCGGGCGCGGCUCGCGCGGGACGUGGCGGCCGGCGUGGGCUACCUGCAUCGCAUGAACGUCAUACACAGGGACCUCAACUCCCACAACUGCCUCGUCAGAGAGGACAAAACUGUGAUAGUAGCUGACUUCGGACUGGCUCGCAUCGUUCAGCGAACAGCGAGCAGCUCGCUGGACAGGAGACAUGCUCACAACACGCUACGUAGGAAACGGUAUACGGUGGUUGGCAACCCUUACUGGAUGGCUCCAGAGAUGAUGAACGGCAACGUGUACGAUGAAAAAGUCGACGUGUUCUCAUUUGGCAUUAUUCUAUGCGAGAUCAUAGGUCGUGUGUCAGCGGACCCAGACUUCCUGCCCCGACGUUCGGACUUCGGUUUGAACGAAGCAUUGUUCAUCGACAAGUUCUGCCGCACGUACAAGUGUCCGGAGCCCUUCUACAGGAUCGCAUUCCUCGCGUGCCAUCUAGAACCUGACGCUAGGCCGCCGUUCGAAGUGAUAGAGAUCUGGCUGGAGAGCAUAGUGAUGCACCUGUCGGGUGGCGGCGCGGCGCCGGGCGGGCUGCUCGCCGACGUGGCGCAGUACGCGCGCGCGCCCCACGCGCCCUGCGCCUGCCACCGCCUCAGCAAGGCCGACAGCGACCUGUGCGUGCCCGACGCGCCCGACGCGCCCGACCCAGAGUCAAGCUCGAAUACGACUCUAACGGUCCCUGAACGCGGCUGGCGAGCGUUAGGCAAGUGCAUGUCGGCCAGUCAUAUCGGAGCCCGGCCUAGAGUCACUCUCACCAACCUCAGCAGGAGCCACCACGCUUUACAUACCGCUGGGUACAUACUUAGAGCUGACGGGAACACCAUCAAUAUUACGAAGGUUGACAAUAUAUCCGAAUGGUUGGACCCCCCGCCCCUCAAACGUACUAGCCCAGACUCACAUCUCAACAAACUUGAAGAGCUCACCACCAAAACAAGGAAAGUAGAAUCUCCCGACGAGACAGAUAGCCAUGUGCCUCCCUUUUGCAGAAUCCAAUCAUUCGAAGAACUCGAAAGUGAGUAUAAGCUCGAAGUAGAUCCAUCUCAACCUUUUUGUAGACAUUAUAGCAUCCCACACAAGGAGGAAGAGAAUCAAGAAGAAAAUGAAGAUUCAGACUCCUCAGACGAUGACCUCACUAGAAGUACAUGGCACAAUAAUGUGAGAGUCUUUGACAAAAUAGAUUUAGAUCCCAAAGCUCUUAUAGCCACUAUUGUAAAAAAAAGUGAGAAUAUUAAUCUUCUAUCAAAGAAAUCCAGUUACGAUGUUACUGAUGUAGUGUUAAGAAAUGCUAAAACUAAUGAACGAAAGAUAUCCGAUCUUGACAGCCGCAGGUACAAUAUAGACCAUUUGACAAAAAGCCCUAUAAUGGCGCAGGGCGUUAAAAACAUAGCAAAGAACCUAGAAAAGGAGCAAGCUCAGGAAAAGUCUAGCUUCUUUCCCAAGAAGUUGCUAUCGCCCAAAUUCGGCAGAUUAUUUAAACCGAAUACAACAGAAGUAAUACGAAACAAAGAAGUAGAUGAUAAAGAAAAGUCCAGAAGUAAGUUCUUCGUCCAAAGACCAGCCUCACCUAGCAAUAUACGGUCUUACAGGAUACGUCCAGCGGAAUCAGAUAAACCGGUCCUCAAUAAUGAUGUUUUGAAGUCGGAUAUAAAAUUGGCGAAUAUGGGUAAACCGAUGACGCCAAUAUUCCGGCGGCAUUUAGCCGAAAGACCGGAUUUUGCUGAUGGACGGUUUAGCUACAGAGACCGCCGGACAAAACCGGAAGAUUUCAAAUUUAUCGAGUUAGGACGUAAUAGAAUUAAAACGCCUGUUACAAGUGUAGAAAAGACGACAAAAUUAGAAAGGGCUACGCCUCUAAUACGUAGUAGUCAAAUCGCCAACAUCCCCGCUUUGGCUACGGUGCCGGAGAAAAAGGGAGAAAAGUGUAAGACAGAGGAAGCGUCGCCUAAGAGACGUGAACCGGGCAUUUCGCGCAGUAACUACGUGAGUCUGGCCAAUCUGAAGAUUAAUGGUAAAGGUAAGGAAACGGUGAACGACCCUUCACCCGUUGAGAGGGUUAUUUAG